GGCAUUUUUUUAUUUUGCGAUAGAUCUUUUAAAAGGAAAUACCACGGGUUAAUCGAGGUGAGAGAAGCCAAUCGUGUCACACACGUGCGUGACGUCACGCAUGUGUGCACGAUACACAAACACGCGGAGAGGAGACGGAUAGGUGACAGUUGGAGCGCGAAAGUGAGCGAGCCCGCGUUGUUGGAGGUCGCUAUCGCGCGAGAGUCGGGGGUAUAAACAUUGAAAGGUGGUAGCGGCGAGAGGGGGAGAGGGAGGGGGGGAACUGGCGCGCAUAUUCCAUUCCAGAGUAUAUGCCCGUCUCUUCUGUAAAUCCCGGCGCGGUCGCAGUCGACAACGGGUCGAACGACGUAGUAGCGGAUGGAUCGCGAUUCGAACCGCUCGGUUGGUUGAAUAUGAUGCGCGCCUGCGACGGGACGUUCGAUGUGCGAUUGGAGAGAUUCAGGGCCGACAAGAAGGCCAGCGGCACCGCCGCGGCAACAACGACGACGAUGACGGCAGUGACGGUGAACGACGGGGACGCGGCGACGGAGGAGGCGACGUCAAGAAAGUGCGAGGGGCAGCUGUCUUCGCUGAAUGCGGCAAACAGCUGUUCGUCCUACAAGUCUGCGAAUCGUAUGACAGAAAUGGCGCAAGAGGAUUACCACGGCCCGUCCUGGAACAAUCUGCCCAGCGUUAUUUUGCAGGAGAUAUUCUCGUACUUGUCACACGAGACCAGAAUAAGAGCCUCCCAGGUGUGCAGAAAUUGGAGGUACACUUUGUUCCAUCCAAGUUUUUGGAAAAAAAUCACUUUUGUGUUCAGAGAUGAAGACAGUGUUUUGUGGGCUCGAUCUUUGGCAAAUUAUUUUGCUUUGAGUGUACACGAAGCUACGAUUCGUUGGGAUAAACCCAUUCACAUUGAUUACGUGGGUGAAACGUAUAAGCUUUUGAAACAAUUAAGUCAUAAUAAACAAUUGAGAAAAUUGUUUUUGGAAUUUAAUAGCAAUGCCUACGACUUUCCUUUUGACAACGAAGAUGACAGUAACUGCUACCGUUUCACAUUAAUAGAAUCUAUAGCAAAUAUUAUCGAGACUUCUAAUUACCUGGAGGCCCUAAGUCUAGGAUGCUCGGAAGAGUUGAUAAUGAAUAUGUUUGUAAUUUUGGAACCUCUUCGUCUUCAUCAUGCCAAACAUCUAACGCAUCUUAGUCUAGCAUCUGUUAAAGAUGACCCUGAUUAUUAUGAUUUUUUCGAGCUCGAUAAUACUAUUUUUAAUUCGUUUAUCAGAUUAUCUGUCUUAACUCUAGAUUAUGAGUUUGUCAGUGAUUCUUUAUUAAAAGCGUUAGACAAUGGAUGUAUGCAAAGACUUGUGAUUCACGUACAUGGCUGGAAAAACGAUUAUCCGGGAACAACAAAUACAGCUUGGCAAAUGUUUAGUCAAAAGAAUCCACAAUGUGAAUUAAGGCUCAACCUUAUACAUUCUUAUGCCGGCGUUAAGGUUUUACAUACCGAUAUAUUCUGUCCUGCUAUGCCACUGACGCAUUUGAAAGUGUUAUUCUGUGAAAAUGUUAAUAACAGGGCAUUGCUUCGAUUAUCAAUGUGGUAUUCACACACACUGAGAUCAUUGACAUGGAUAGACUCGAUAGAUCGUGUGAAACAGAUGCCAGCUACAUUUGAUCCAAAUGAUCCAAAUAGUCCAGAUCCCUUGGUAUUAGUGGCGUGGAAAUGUACUAAACUUACAAAGAUGGUGUUCUUAGGUCACAAAUAUUAUCAAGAGAAUUUAUUAGCUAUCGCGCGUCUCAGAGGCAACACUCUUAAAUUAUUGGUAUUCGCAAAAAGUGAUAUCACAUCUGAAAGUAAAUCAUGGCACACAGCUGAAAGUAUCACGCACGAAAUCCGAGGUAUAAUGGGUUUACAUUGGAUGCCAUUGAGCGACUCGGAGCUACCGAUGGUGAUAUUGGAUCCUUUCAAAGGCGACAGCAGAGAAGUAAUUAUGCCAUUGGUUCUCAAUGAUCAGAAAUAAUUCUCAAUGAGAAACCGAGGAAAAUUUCUACUCAGUGUGAUUAUUCAACAAUCGUUUCCAGACCACCAACAUUCUUACAAGUAAUGUUAUCGAAUUGCAUCUUUUAUUCUUCUACGAGAUUUUUUUGUUUAACGAGAAAUUAUAGAUGAAACAUGCGAAUAAGUUUGAAUCUCGUUAUCAACGACAUUAUCGUUUCGCCGAGUUGAGAAUUCUACUGGGUACAAUGAAAGAUAUAGAGAGUUAAACGCACAUAUAAUCUUCUCCUCGAUUACGAUAUUUUUGUCGAUUCGUAUAUCAAUGUGAUAAACUAUAGUCAAGUAGAUCUAUUUCGACUUGUUGAUGGUAUAUUCAAUGCAAAUUACGACACAUUUGCAAACAAUGAGACGAUCUCUUCAAUUAAAAGAGACGAUCUCUUCGAUGAUUUAUAUGUAUUGUAACUUUCUUCUUAUGGAAAACCAUAUGAAUCGCGUUUUGAUGUUGAGAUAAAGUAAUGCUAGGAAUGAUCAUGCGUACAUGUAUGAAGGCAUUAAGAGUGGUAAUUAUCCUUAUCGCUCAUAAAAUCAAUAUUGAAAAAGAAGCCAGAAUACAUUUUAUAUAACAAUACUAUUCUGGUCAAAGAGAGCUGUGCAUUAAGACGACAUGGCUGAUGAACAAGAUCGCAUUCCGCAAAGUCUGCAUUGUGGAUUUUUAAAGAAAUUUUAAAAAAGUCUAAAGUUUAGCAGAGUUGAAGCAAGAAUAUGCAAAGGGCUUUUAUCCAGCAUAAAAAGAAAAAGCUGCAGCACGUCGAAGAGAAAAGAAGAGAUUCGGAUCUUGUGAUCUUCCAUUGGAAAGAAUAACAAAAUUCCAAACGUAUGUAAGUAAAAAAAAACGCGCGUUCAACAACAUAUUUUUCCAAUUCUCUGGGAAGUUAGAUAAUAGCGAGCGCCAAGAGCAUGACGUGCGAAAGUCAAACUUGUAGUAAAACUUCGCGAAGAGUUAAAUAAGCAGCGGCGCACACGAAUAUAAAGAAUAUCAAGAAAACGGCAACAAAAGAGCGCGAAAUAUCGAUAUAGCGAUCCGAGGUUAUUUUUAAUACCAAGACCAAUCGGACGCUUUUGUAUAAAUGUUAACGUAUGCGCACCGAAUAAAGUCGGCUUGAUGUAAAACAAGCGCGGGCAGAAUGAAAAAAAAAAAUCGCUCGAAAUACAGCUGUUCACGUAUAGCUUUCGACAGGUGAUAAUGAAUAGCAAUCGAGAAUGUGAGUAAUACUUAAAUAUAUAAUUGUCUAUACUCACCGUGCUCUUAGCGACCGCUGACGAACACACGAAUAUAAGUGUGUAUCUGUAAAAUCGAAGGUAUUAGUCGCUAAUCGUAUAUAUAUAUAUAUGUAUAUGUAUGUAUAACUGUGUAUUAUCUGUCGAACUUUAAACACGUCAACAUCCGGACGCAGUGCGCAUCUAUUUCUGUCGUACAAUUAACGCUGACGAUUUUUUGAGAAUGUAUUUACAAGAAAGAAAGAAAGAGAGAGAGAGAGAGAGAGACAGAGCGAUCCGUAACAAAGAUAAAAUACCAAAAUGCAGCCGUAUAUACACACAGUUUACUAUUUCGAGAGAUUAUUUACUUUUUUUUUUCGAGCCCUUGUAUAAUUAUAUAUUACAUUAUCGUGUAUCGUAACUUGUAGUCAUGUGUAAUAUUGUGUUUUUUAUAUGUGGUUUCUGUACAUACAUCUCCAUGCGUUCGAGACACUGGAUACACGCGCGAAUAACGCGGAAUCGCGCGCGGAAGAAUACACGAAGAGAAAACGAGUAACGAGAAAAAGCGGAGAGGCAAAGAAACAAAGCGGAACAAAGAUGAGAAACAAUAUAUAAUAGAGAGAAGGGAAGAAAGAAACGUUUCUUUUCGACAAACGACCAGCUGUUAUACAAGAUGAACGGGCCUUAAUAUGUACCUGAGUCGCGGUAAGGGUGAAUUCAUUGAAAAAUCUGUCACGCGACAUCCACCAUAGAGAGAUAAUCACCUUAUAACUGUUGCGUCCUCGCGAACGUGCGUAUACGCAUAUAUACGCAUUCGCCAGGACAACGGCUACGAACUUGAGGUAUAUCACGCUCGUGCAAGUGCCCUUUCAUUUCGUAUUCCGCGCGUGUAUAUUUUUACAUCAAAAGGAGAGUAGAGAGAGAAAAAAAUCUAACGCGAAACGAGAGAAAUAUGUAACUAGGGGUUUCCAUGAGAAUCGUAGUUAUUACUGUACGAUACGCGGAUACGUAAUGUACUAACAUAAAUUGUUCGAUGAACGUCGAUUCUGUGCGGGAGAGGACGAAAACUUUAUAAAGUGUAAUUUUACGUUUCUUCUCGUUUUUUCCUUCAAACGAACGGAAAUUUCGCGUAAAGAAGAAGAAGAAAAAAAAAUAUAUAUUCGGGGAUGCGGUGUCCAGCGUAUGAGUGUGAUAAAUGAGCGAGAGAGAGAGAGAGAGAGAGAAAUGUAAGUGUGAAAAAAAAGCCAUGUGACAAUUGCGCGUGAGCAAGUUUAAUAGCGUGCGAAUAGAGAAAGAACGAGAAAAAUUAAUCGAAAAUGCGAAGCGAGAUAAUACGCGUUUGAAUGUAAUAAUGGAUAUAUCCGCGAAUCGUAGAAAACAAAUCAAGUGAUAUGAUAGUACCAUCUCUGCGAGUCCUCUGUAUUAAGUAAUAUCGUAGAAGGCAAUCGUGCAGCCGUUUGACGCGGGCACAACGCAACUAAAUAACCACGUGUAUGAUAACACGACAAAACCACAAGUAUAAGACUGAACCUGCCGAAAGAGGUGUAUAUUACAACACAAGUCAAGCGAGCUGCACGUUGUCGCGCAAGAAUAGUCGACGCCAUAUUCAUAAAAAAAAAGGCGAGGGAUGGAAGGCAAAAAAGAAGCUUCUUUGCAAAAGUCAUCGAUAUGUUCCAUUGUUGAACAUGAUAAUUUUUCUUCAAUUUCUCGCGUAUUUUAAACGUCUUUCUCCUUUUCGCGUUUUCUUUCCAUCUUAGCCUCGUCGCUUCGAAGUCGUUCGAAUACUUAUGAAUAUGCGCGUCGCGAAAGCGAAACAAAAAUAAAGGGAUGGUGCACAAGCUAGCGUUUAGAUCGGAAUAAGCCCUGAGAGAGCUCACUCGACGGCGAGGUUCUCGUAACCGAUAUUAUACACUUAAACCCUUUAAAGCAGCCUGCCAAGAAUCAAAAUACUGUAAAAUAUCAAACGAAUGCUAGCCAGUACAGAAUGCUAAGAUCUAUUUUUUAAGAAGCGAAUGUAUAUUUUUGUACUAAGGCAGGCCUUAGCGUGUGAUCGUGUCUUCUUGCGCGUAACGGCGAGACCGAGAGCUGUGAUUAUAACACGUGUUGGCUAUACAAGGGAUAAGGGGAGUAAGAUCAACACGGGAAAUAUAUAUCGAGAGCGCAUCAGCAUACAAACAACAAAUAUAGGGAACACGAAACGAGAAUCCCUGAUCGAAUGUUACCGAGUGAGCUGUAAGCAUAGACAGGGCGUUAUAAAACAAAUCGAGAAUAAAACAUCUGUGAUAAAGUAGAAAAUCUUACAAGCGUGUUCGAGAGAGAGUGGAUGAAGAUCGGCGAGUAUGGAUAGAAAGUAGGAUAAAAUCGAAAGAGAGAAAGAGAGAGAGAGGACUGAAGAGAAUCAGAAAUCCACGCGCGCGCAUCGAUCAAACUUGGACGCGCCAGCGAUUCCUCGGAGACGGAGCCGGUGACCUCGACGCUCGCGACGGAAAAUUCGUCGAUUAUUGGCAUCGUAUCGAAAGAGAAAGAGAUGAAAUAUGAGAGAUUGUCGAGAUCUUUCGACAAGAUAGCCCGGUCUAACUAGGCAGACGACAACCCGAUCAGCUCAUCUCGAUCGCGCGCUCUAAGUGGGUUGCAACGCACGUUUAUUUUUCUUUUUUUUUUCUUCUCGGCCAGCAAUCAGACGCGCGCGUCCUGUAAGAGCCGCGAUACACGAAGGUUUAAUAUAUGAUCCAUAGCCGUUUCGCGUUAUUCGAUAACGCACAUACGUGUAUCGUGGCUCUUAAUAACGCGGAAUCGUGGCUAGCGCGGAGAGAGUUUUUUCCCUUUACACAAAAACCGCUCCGUCUUUCGACAUUCCACAGUGAGAUGCGGAGACCGGAGACACGUGCGAUCGCGUUGACGCGCCAAAUGAUUACUGACACGCUUCGCCGGCUUCCUAUAGACAAUGUUGGUCCUCUCGACUCACCGCAGGUAGACAACUUUUACGCUGCAGCGGUCUUGGCGUUCCUCCUCCGCUCGGAGAUGAAAUCUGCCGCUGACGGUGAAGCAAGCGCGCAUUUAGGUAAAUUAUAUAAUAGAGAGAGCAAGAGAGAGAGAGAAAGGGAGAUAGAAAAAUCUUAAUUUAUCGUCGACUGAAAUCAAAGAUCGCACAAGAUUAUCGGAGUACAACUCGAGUAUGUAUAUGUAUAUAGUUUGAUUUUGACACGGACACGCGACACGGAGACGCAUUUUCUCGAACCCGCGCGAACGAAAAGUCGUCGUCGGGUCACCGUCGGCGGCCACGAGUAGUAUAAGUUCCUAAAAAGAAAUAAUUUACACGUACACACACACGUCACGUAAACACGCGAGUAUAAGCGAAGAUAGAAAUGGAAAGAGGCCGGCUAUGCGAAUACGACCUCGUGUGCGAACAAAGAGAGAGGUAUUCAUUAAUUUGUUGAUGCGUUUGUGUUCGGUGCUCUCCAAUAUUUUCGAACACGGUAACAUCGAGGAACAUUGUCAUAUUAUAUACUUAUAUACAAACACGCAAAGUAUUAUAUACCUACAAUCCAUUCCAUUCGAUGGGAAUGAGCGUAGCAUAUUGUCGCUAGGAAGAUCGGCCAGAAGCACGAUCGUCGAGCGAGUCGAUUCUAGAGAAGCCGAAAAGUAUUGCGUAGGGUCGAUCGAAGGCAGAUUAUCUCUGCAAUUUUAUACGAAUCGUUUGUUUUGAUAAUGACGAUGAUGCGAAUAAGAUAUUCGAUAAAUUAUUAAUUUAAGUGUACCAAGCACACACGAGGAUCCUAUUAAUCCUAGGAAGCGCGCACGCGAGUAAUAAUGCCUAAUGAGUUUCCGUAGACACGCUCAUCUUCGGUGUCGAUCGAUCUUACUUGAAUUAAACGUUCAGGCACUUGCGUUACUUUCGAAACGCACGGUUCGUACGUAUUCCCGAUUAUUAUAUCGUACCUGCCGACGCCGAUGUUGGCGAUCAUCGCGGUUCGUUCGUGCCGUACGAAUGAUUUUUUUCCCAUCAUCGGGGAGAAUGCACGCGGACAGGGAAGACGAUGUGUCGCUAGACAGACACGCGCAUUCCUCUAUCGAGAUCGUAUUCACGCGUAACGAAAACAGCGUUAGAUGUAAGCAACGUGAGCCGUAUGUGAGCGAGAAACGAAAGUCCGUAAUCAAGCCUGAUGAUUUUUCUUUCGUAAAGGGGCUUCGCGAGUACAACUGGGCCCAAUAUAUUAUAUAUUAUUGUCGCUAUGUUCGUGAUUUCGAAUGGAGCUUUAAAACGAUGUCCUAGUUCCGAUAAUUGCGUGCGUGCGCGUGCAUACAUAUGUGAUUACAUAAUCGUCAUAUGUACACGCUGAUGGAGAGAAAUUGCGCCCCGUCACGUUACGAUGGUAUCACGCGAUCGUCAAAGAACGAGAGAUCCAGGGAUUCAAGGCCUCGAAAAACCUGGGCAUUUCAAGAUUUCCAAGUUUCCGGGAUCUUAGGAGGAUUCGCAUGAAUUUCGAGACAAGAUGCACGACAGAUUUUCGUGUUUUUUUUUUUUUUUUUUAAGUAAUUGUUAAUGAAAUAAUUUUGUUAUCGUGGAUGAUUCAAAGGGAAACGGAAACGUUUAAUAGCAUUUACAUUUUCUCGUCUGCGAAAGCUUCGAUGACGUGUAAUUUACUACAUUCGGCGCGAAUGAUUAAUAAUCGCUAGCCGGUAUUAAUUAAUUAAUACAUGUAUUGAUACAUGUACAUUUUCACAUAUAUGUAAUACAUGUUUUAUAAGCAGAGAUGUCGAGGAGAGGGAAUAUAUUAGCGAGAGGCUUUGAGUCUUCUGGACCGUUUUGCUUCCCGACUUUUCCUUGGCGAUAACGUAACUGGACGUUGUGAAUCCGAUCUAACGAAACGUUCCAUCGAAAAAGAUCUAUUUUUUUUUCGCGUCGCGCGUCUAGAAAUUGUUCGAAUUCUCAAUGUUACACCAUCGCUAAAGAGAAGUCGUCUCCCUCGCGAGUGGAAUAAUCGUCUUAUUGUAAUACAUUCUUUUCUGCGAGUAAGCGAAGACCUCAAGACGUGGUCGUCCCUGUUAUCUCGAGGACGAAUCUCGUUCCCGGCAUAGUUGUACUGUACAUAAAGAAAACGGGUUUAUACGCAGAGGAACGUACUGAACCUGUUUUUCCUUCUCGUAUGUCGUCGAUGCAAAAUCGACGGGAUGACAUCGAAGUUUAGCACUGAAGUCUCACUCGUUGUUGCUUACGACGUUGAACUAUCAUCCGAAUAAAACUACAGUAUACGCGCUAAUAUUUUUCUUCGUCAAUGUAAUCAUGUCACAUACACACACACACACAUACACACACACAAAUACAUAUACAAUGCCGAAUAACCGUCUCACUUAACGAUGUCAAGAUUAACGAAUUGUAAAAUGUAUAUGUACGUUGCGUGUUCAUCUAUGCGUAUUAUUGUGUGCAUGAGCGCGCCGACGAGAAAGGCUUCGCGAUCGUAGAUUAAUUAUCGCGCGGCUUAAUUCGAUCAGACGACGAAUCGCGCGAGAGGUCGGUUAUUCAAUUUUUCGCUGUCCCUUGUGCUCGUUGUUGUGUCUGUUCGAGCCGGUCGAAACGAAUAACAGUGUGCCGGUAUUAAAAAAAAAAA